GUACACGUCUUCAUCGUCACGGCAUAUUCAUCUCAACCCAUUGUCUACCGUAUUUCAGCACCGCAUUACUUGUAAUAUCAUCAACCACCAUGGCUAUCGCAUCUGGUCAGCUCCCGGUCGAGCUCCUGAACCUUCUCGCGCUUCAUUCGUCCUUCCUUAUCGCGCUUUCGCUGCAUUACGCGCACAAUGGCACCUCCACGCCCGCCGACCUUCGAGACCUCACAGCAUCUGCCACAUUAGUCUGGAAACAGCGCAAAGUCACCUAUGACGACGUUCGACUCCUGCUAGGCGUCCUCAACUAUGGUCCUGAUGGCUCGAACACUCCCUACCAUAUCUCCGACUACGGCCGCGGCAAGAUCGUCCUCGAAGUCAAAGAGAACAGUCCAAUGCUGAGCGACAUGACUGGAGUGAACGAGCAAGCAUUGACAGACAUGUUCAAGGCGGGCCUGGACGCCUUGUGGUCACAAUGGAGCAUUUCACAGAAGAUAGCUACACGGCCGAUUGCAACACCAAAGAGAGGACGUGGUCGACCUAGGAAGGCAGGCCUCAACCAGGCACGACUCGAGAACUUUCUUGACGAUGCCUCCAUGUCCAAGUUCCUCGCACAACUCCCUCUCGCCGAUAUCGGGGCCUGCGAAUCGCUCAACGCCGUUGCGCCGCUGCAAGAGAAGGGCCGUAAGAGGAUGCGAGAAUUCAAGGAGAGCGUCCAGCACGGCCGAACCCAGAAGAAGCGCCAAGUGUCUGGCAAAGAGAACGACCCGACUAUCUCCCAAAACACCCCAACAGAACCCGCACAACCGAAAAUCACCGAAUUCGCUGCUGUCCGCAAGACAAACCUCCUCGACCGUAUUCUGGCCAAGCAAGAGGCUGCAAAAUGUGGCCCUGCUGCACCAACGCCCGCUGAGCUACAACGCCGAGCCGCCCUGCAACGAUCUGAAGAGGUUCUCGGUGUGCUUUCGCUUCUCUGUGCCAGCAGACCAGGCAUGCGCGUAUCAUUCUCUACAACGACGGUAUUGCAGCAAUUGCAGGGCUCGAUACGCUCACCGAUCUCGAAGGAGGAGGCCAUGAAGUGUAUUGAGGUUCUUGCGAACGAGGUUGCGCCAGGAUAUGUUUCUUUGGUCAAUAUGGGUUCUAUCUCCAGCGUCGUUGUUGCGCCUGCGAUGAGGCCAUUGGAUGUGAAAAGCCGCCUCGUUGCGCUUGGUGCGUAGAGAAUGUUGCUGUCACUGUUUCGUUCAUCAUUUUAGAUCGUUCUGCAUACCCGGUUCAUUGAUGUUUUCGUUUAGCGUUUGGGCGUGCUUGCAUCUGGGCAUUUCAGCAGCCACAUAGUAAUUUGAGUCUCUUUCCAGACCCAUUCAAGG